GCUCUCCGCCGCGUCCUCACACAACGUGUCCCGUCGCCCGGCUACGCUCGUCCGCACUUCCUGCCCUCCCCGUCUCUUCAGAGCGCCCGGCCGGCCGCCGAUGUUACGACCAUGAUCUGUCUCUUUCUGACCAUAUUUGCGAACAUAUUUCAGACAGGAUGGACCGGGGUGAACGAGCGCACCUUCAUCGCCGUGAAGCCAGACGGCAUUCAGAGGAGGCUGGUCGGAGAGAUCAUGCGUCGCUUUGAGAAGAGGGGCUUUAAAUUGGUGGGACUCAAACUAGUGCAGGCGUCUGAGGACCUGCUGCGGGAGCACUACUGGGAGCUGAGAGGAAAACCGUUCUUCAGUGGCCUGGUGCGCUACAUGAGCUCCGGGCCCAUCGUCGCUAUGGUGUGGCAGGGCUUAGACGUGGUGAAGAUCUCGCGUAAGAUGUUAGGGGAAACCAACCCUACGGACUCGCUACCGGGAACAAUCCGGGGAGACUACGGCGUGGAAGUGGGCAGGAACGUGAUCCACGGCAGUGACUCGGUGGAGAGCGCUCAGAAGGAGAUCGCCCUGUGGUUCCGCCAGAAUGAGCUCCACUGCUGGGACGACAGCAGCAGCCACUGGAUCUACAAGUGAUCCAGACUCAUCUGUGCGUGCCGCGUCCGUCCAGACAGACAAGCCAUGUAGGUGUUAUUAGUUUGACCACAACCACACAAAACAAGAUGGAUCUUUAACUCACCCCUGAAAGCUUUUCCUUUGUUUUUGGCCUUUGCUAGCUGGCAGCUGUGAGGAAGGUAGGGUGACUUUUUACUGCUCGUCUUCUUCAUCCGAAUUGGGUGAAAAAUCUUUUUUUUUUUUUAUGAAGGAAUAGCUCAGGUUCUUAAUUUGGAGAGGUGGCUAUGUUUUACCAAGGAAAACGCCUCAGUUAAUUGUAACUUGACCAUGGCCCGGUCAGCCGAGAUGCCACAUUGCCCCGUCUUAAGUCUUUUUUUUACGACCGAAUGUUUGUUGUGUGAAGAAACGUUCCGCAAAGUUCUUCAUACAGAAAACCACUUUCUGAAGUGAGAGAUAAGCUUGAAUUUAAACCACCAAAGGACCAUGUUUACUUUGUGUUUGUGACCAUGAGGAACGAAUUGGGGAAUGUCAGCUUGAGAAGCUGCAUGUAAACGCAGACAUGCACGAGAUGCAACUCAACACCGAGCGAAUUCCCCCGAAUUCCUCCUGCACUUCCAUCAUGCGGAGCAAAAGCUUUGCUGUGUGAUAUUGCUGCGUAGACUAAUGUGUACGAGUUGUGAACUGAAGAUAGCGUGUGUGCUUUAAAAUGAGAUGAACUGACAAAUGCUGCGAGAGUGCCUGGUGCAUAUGAUCAUGAUUCUAGUGUCAUAAUUUUAUUCGAAUGUCAAUCUAUUAAAAAUGUGGGUUUGGUCAA